GGCUAGGCGCGGGAGGAGGAGAAGCGGUGGGGAGGCGCAGCCGCUCACCUGCGGGGCAGGGCGCGGAGGAGGGAUCCGGGCUGCGCGCUCUCGGGCCGAGGAGCCGUCGGGACGCGCCCGGAGCCCCGGACGCAGCCAAGCUCCGGGCGUCCCCCACCCCUCGGCCGGGCGAACCCGAGGGGUGCAGCUCUUUGCUUUGACAGAGCAGCCCGGCGGAGGCUUGGAGAGCGUCGAGAGAGCGAGCGAGCCAGGCAGAAAUUCGAGCCGGGAACAAAGAGGGGUCGGGCUGUGUGUGUGUGUGUGUGUGUGUGUGUGUGUGUGUGUGUGCGCGCGCGCGCGCGCUUGUGUGUCGGCUCCAGCUCCUGGCAGAAGCAUUUGGGUCCGAGGCCCCUGCUGUGACUCCCCGAGAUCCCGCGGUGCCCUCCACUGCCGACUCCUAGCGCUCGCCGGCAAAAACUUUAUUCUUGGCAAACUUCUGUUUCUCUUCCCCUCCUCCUCCGCCCCCACCUCCUCCGCCCCCACCUUCUCCUCCUCCUCCUCUAGCAGAUUAAACGCGUCUGGAGAAGGAAAACCGAAGCGAAAGGGAAGGACAUAAGAAGCUCUAUAACGGACAUAUUCCAACAGGGGUGGCUAUUUUUUCCCCUCCAGGAAGUGGACAUUUUGUUAUCUUUUGAUUCUCCUGCCCCUUCUCUGCUGGGGCAGAAGGAGCCUUUUUGCCCAGCUCUCCUCUUUUCUCGGAAAACUUCCAACUCGGCAUCCGGGGGAACUAGGGUGGAGAGGUUUACGUAGAGAAGCGCCGACGGACCCUCCUCAGCACUUUGGAGAGUCGUGCCUCCCCCAAAACAAGCGUCCUCCGCGCGCACACCCCGGAGGAGUUGGGGGCGUGGGUUGGCCACCGGAGCAGCCAAGCCUAGAGCACCCCACAUUGCGCUGCACAGACGCCUGCAGAGGCGCCGGCGGCGGCGGCGGCCCUCGCAACCCGGUGCCCAUCAGCCUCGAAGGCGGGCGCCGGCGGAGGUCUCCGCGGAGCGGGAAGGCGCGGGCGGCCGCCGGGGCGCGGGCACCGCCGCAGCUGGUCGGGCUGCCGGCCGCCGGCCCUGAGCUCGCUGGCCCCACUUCCGCCCACUCUCCUCCCUCACGCAUCCUUCCAAUUCUCCUUUCCUCACCCUCCCACUUUCGUUGACCCCCUCUCUUCCCUGCUGUCGCCUUGGGUGCUCCCCCAGCAGAGCGGAGAUUACAGAGUGGUCGGGAUGCCCCAACUCUCCGGGGCAGGCGGCGGCGGCGGGGGGGACCCGGAACUCUGCGCCACAGAUGAGAUGAUCCCCUUCAAGGACGAGGGCGAUCCCCAGAAGGAGAAGAUUUUCGCUGAGAUCAGUCACCCCGAAGAGGAAGGCGACUUGGCCGACAUCAAGUCCUCCCUGGUUAACGAGUCCGAAAUCAUCCCGGCUAGCAACGGACACGAGGUGGCCAGACAAGCACAAGCCUCUCAGGAGUCCUACCACGACAAGGGCAGAGAACAUGCUGAUGACGGAAAGCAUCCAGAUGGAGGCCUCUACAACAAGGGACCCUCCUAUUCGAGUUAUUCCGGGUACAUAAUGAUGCCAAAUAUGAAUAAUGACCCAUACAUGUCAAAUGGAUCUCUUUCUCCGCCCAUCCCGAGAACAUCAAAUAAAGUGCCCGUGGUGCAGCCAUCUCAUGCAGUCCAUCCUCUCACCCCCCUCAUCACUUACAGCGACGAGCACUUUUCUCCAGGAUCACACCCGUCACACAUCCCAUCAGAUGUCAACUCCAAACAAGGCAUGUCCAGACAUCCUCCGGCUCCUGAGAUCCCUACCUUUUACCCCCUAUCUCCGGGUGGUGUUGGACAGAUUACCCCCCCACUUGGCUGGCAAGGUCAGCCUGUAUAUCCCAUCACGGGAGGAUUCAGGCAACCCUACCCAUCCUCACUGUCAGUCGACACUUCCAUGUCCAGGUUUUCCCAUCACAUGAUUCCUGGUCCUCCUGGUCCCCACACAACUGGCAUCCCUCAUCCAGCUAUUGUCACGCCUCAGGUCAAACAGGAACACGCCCACACUGACGGCGACCUGAUGCACGUGAAGCCUCAGCAUGAACAGAGAAAGGAGCAGGAGCCAAAAAGACCUCACAUUAAGAAGCCUCUUAAUGCUUUUAUGUUAUACAUGAAAGAAAUGAGAGCAAAUGUCGUGGCUGAGUGUACUCUGAAAGAAAGUGCAGCUAUCAACCAGAUUCUAGGCAGAAGGUGGCAUGCCCUGUCCCGCGAAGAGCAGGCUAAAUAUUAUGAAUUAGCGCGGAAGGAAAGACAGCUACAUAUGCAGCUUUAUCCAGGCUGGUCUGCAAGAGACAAUUACGGUAAGAAAAAGAAGAGGAAGAGAGAGAAACUACAGGAAUCUGCAUCAGGUACAGGUCCAAGAAUGACAGCUGCCUACAUCUGAAACAUGGUGGAAAACGAAGUUCAUUCCCAACGUGCAAAGCCAAGGCAGCGGCCCCGGGGCCUCUUCUGGAGAUGGAAGCUUGUUGAAACCCAGACUGUCUCCACGGCUUGCCCAGUCGACCCCAAAGGAGAACUGACAUCAACUUCACCCUGAGGUCACUGCUAGACACUGAUCCAUAAAGACAAUCACUGCCAAACCCCCUUUCAUCUACUACAAGAGCCAAGUUCCAAAAUAAAGCAUAAAAGGUUUUUUAAAAGAAAAUGAAAAAGCACAUGAGAAUGCUAGCAGGCCCUGGGUCGGCUAGCAGCUUGCCUCCCCUCAUGUCUGCCGCGCGCUUCCCAGAGCAUCUAGCAUCCACACCUGUAACCUUCGGCAAGGACGGCAGCUUGGCCGCCUCCGCCUGCCCUGAGCAACUGUUGCCGGUGGCCAGCACAUCCAUCAGCGUCCCGGUGGGGAACCUGUGGAAGAGUUCCCUCUUUGUCUCCAUUCUUCUUUCCUUCCUUCCUCCCAAAGCUUUUAUUUAACAAUGCAAAAGGAUGAAUCUUACGUUUGCUUUUUUUUUUUUAAACUUGAAUUUUUUUUAAUUUACACUUUUUAGUUUUAAUUUUCUUGUAUAUUUUGCUAGCUAUGAGCUUUUAAGUAAAAUUCAAAGAUCUGGAAAAGUUUGAAAUAUAAACGAAAUGAAAAGAAGCCGCCCUUUUUUUUGAGCGACAUUUUGUCUCUAAUGGCUUCUCUGUGAAUGACCUGUACCAAAUAGUAGCCUCUGUCUUCUAAGGUGUUCGAUGGAGCUAAAUAAAUGUAACGGCCCAAUCCACUCUGUUGGUAGCAGUUGGCAGUACUAUUUCAUUUGAUUUUUCUUCUGAUCUGUCUUUUUUUUUUUUAAUGGUAAACCUUAACAGAAACUUUCAGUAUGCCGGUUUGCAGUGAAUUUUCAUUUCUUUCCUUCUUGCCCCCUUCUUGUAAAAAGCCCAGCACUUGAAUUGUUAUUACUUUAAAUGUUCUGUAUUUGUAUCUGUUUUUAUUAGCCAAUUAGUGGGAUUUUAUGCCAGUUGUUAAAAUGAGCAUUGAUGUACCCAUUUUUUUUUUAAAUAGCAAGGCACAGCCUUUGCCCCAAACUAUCAUCUAACGUUUGUCAUUCCAGUUUGAGUUAACGUGCUGAGCAUUUUUUAAAAGAAGCUUUGUAAUAAAACAUUUAAAAACAAAGUCUCAUUU